UCUCGCUCCAGGCGCCGUGCAGCGCGCUUCACACAACGGCGCGUGACACCACCACUCACACUCGGCCACUCAGCGCGAGCGGGGGAGCGGCAUUGCGCGGGACGGCGCGCGCACGGCAGCAGUCGCUCGCGCCGCUUCUUUGAGUCUGGUUUAAUUCUUGCGGUAAGUGUCCAGGCGCCGUUUCUGGGAGCAUGUGGAAGACGGGCGCUAAAGAAGCGCUCGCGACGUUCUGCCUCCUCCUCGCGGCGGCGUCCGGCGGCCUGUCGCAGUCGGCGGAUCUGCAGGAGAUGCAAGUGAUUGACAUGCUGGCACUGCAGGAUGCCAAGCAGAACACGGCUGCUGUGGAGAAGGUGGCGAUGGCGCUGGGGACGGUUAGUGACGUGUACAUCGUGUCUACGUUCCGCCUGCCGCCCAAGCUGGGUGGGGUACUUCUGGGCCUCUACAACAAGCAGGACAAUAAGAAGUACCUGGAGCUGGCCAUCAUGGGCAAGAUUAACAAAGCUCUUGUACGCUACGUGCGGGCGGAUGGGAAGCUCCAUACGGUCAACCUCCAGAAUGCUAACCUGGCAGAUGGGCGCACCCAGUCCAUUAUACUGCGAGUGGCUGGGCUCCGUCGAGACAACCUGCAGCUGGAGCUGUAUGUCAACUGUCGACUGGUAGACUCCAGCCAGGGCCUUCCUCAUCUCGUCCAGCUGCCAGCGGAAGCUGAGAUGGUGGACAUUCGCAAUGGCUAUAAGCCAUAUGCCAGGCUGCAGGGUGCUGUGGAGUCUUUGAAACUUGCCCUGGGGGGCUCUGUAGCCAAAGCAGGUGCUCUCACAGGCUGUCCUUUCCAGGAAGAUUCCUCGUUGCACAACACAGUGACAGGUGAAGUAAACUCCAUUCUGGGUGACCACACCAAGGCUCUGAUUGGUCAGCUCAUUAUCUUCAACCAGAUCUUGGGGGAGCUACGACAGGACAUUAGAGAGCAGGUGAAGGAGAUGGCUCUGAUCAGAAACACUAUACUUGAGUGCCAAGUGUGUGGUUUCCAUGAGCCUCGUUCUCGCUGUUCCCCCAGCCCCUGCUACAAGGGGGUGCCCUGCAUGGAGACCCUGGACUUCCCAGGGUACCGCUGUGGGCCCUGUCCCGAGGGAAUGACUGGCAAUGGGAGUCACUGCCAAGACAUUGAUGAGUGUGCUCUGGCCCAACCCUGCUUCUCAUCAAGUGGGUGUGUCAACACGGCCAAGGGGUUCAGCUGCGAGCCCUGUCCGCCUGGGUAUGGGGGACCACCCUUGUCUGGUGUGGGGUUGGAGUUUGCCAAGAGCAAAAAGCAAGAGUGUUAUGACAUUGACGAGUGUGUCAACAAUCCUUGCGUGCCCAAUUCCGUGUGCACCAACACUGUGGGCUCGUUCAAGUGUGGCCAGUGCAAGGUGGGCUUUGUUGGAAACCAGACUGAGGGCUGCUUUCCAAGGAAGACUUGCGCCACACUCAGUUUCAACCCCUGUGAUGUCAACGCACACUGCAUCAUCGAGAGGAAUGGGGAUGUAACUUGUGCGUGCAACGUGGGCUGGGCUGGAAAUGGAAACACCUGCGGGCUGGACACAGACAUUGACGGAUACCCAGACCAGUCUCUUCCUUGCAUAGAUAAUGACAAGCAUUGCAAAGCGGACAACUGCAUGUUUACACCCAACUCAGGGCAGGAGGAUGCAGACAAUGAUGGUAUUGGGGACCAGUGUGAUGAGGAUGCUGAUGGCGAUGGGAUAAAGAAUGUUGAGGAUAACUGCCGACUUAUAGCCAAUAAAGACCAACAGAACUCAGACACAGACUCUUUUGGUGAUGCCUGCGACAACUGCCCCAACGUUCCCAACAUUGACCAGAAGGACACUGACAAUAACGGCGAGGGUGAUGCUUGUGACAACGACAUUGACGGAGAUGGUGUCCCCAAUGUGCUGGACAACUGCCCGAAGGUCCCCAACCCCAUGCAAACUGACCGGGAUGGAGAUGGAGUUGGUGAUGCCUGCGACAGCUGUCCUGAAAUCAGCAACCCCAUGCAGACGGAUAUUGACAACGACUUGGUGGGGGAUGUGUGUGACACCAACCAAGACAUAGAUGGAGAUGGUCAUCAGGAUUCACGAGAUAACUGUCCGGAAAUCCCAAAUGGCUCACAGCUGGACUCUGAUAAUGAUGGUAUUGGUGAUGACUGUGAUGAUGAUGAUGAUAAUGAUGGAAUCCCAGACUUGGAAGGUCCCGGACCAGACAACUGCCGUCUUAUUGCCAAUCCCAACCAGAAAGACUCAGAUGGCAAUGGAGUAGGAGAUGUAUGUGAAGAUGACUUUGACAAUGACACAGUGAUGGAUCUAAUUGAUGUGUGUCCAGAGAGUGCUGAAGUCACUCUGACAGACUUCAGAGCUUACCAGACAGUCAUCCUGGACCCUGAAGGGGAUGCUCAGAUUGAUCCCAACUGGGUGGUGCUGAAUCAGGGAAUGGAGAUUGUCCAGACCAUGAACAGUGACCCUGGUUUAGCUGUGGGAUACACUGCCUUCAAUGGGGUUGACUUUGAAGGCACGUUCCAUGUUAACACAGUGACAGAUGAUGACUACGCAGGCUUUAUCUUUGGAUACCAGGACUCCUCCAGCUUCUAUGUGGUUAUGUGGAAGCAAACGGAGCAGAUGUAUUGGCAGUCAGUGCCCUUCAAGGCCACAGCACAGCCUGGCCUACAGCUAAAGGCUGUGAAAUCGCGGACAGGACCAGGUGAGUUCCUGCGCAAUGCUCUGUGGAACACAGGAGAUACACCUGGUGAGGUGUCGCUGUUAUGGAAGGACCCUCGCAAUGUUGGUUGGAAGGACAAGACCUCCUAUCGUUGGCAUCUCAGCCAUCGGCCUCAGGUGGGGUACAUGAGGGUAAAACUGUACGAAGGACCAGAUAUGGUUGCUGACUCAGGUGUGGUCAUUGACACUUCCAUGAGGGGUGGAAGACUGGGUGUGUUCUGCUUCUCCCAAGAAAACAUAAUUUGGUCCAACCUGCGUUACCGCUGCAAUGAUACCCUGCCAGAUGACUUCAACCCCUAUCGUAAAGAGGCCUAACGAAACCUCAAGGUAUGAAGAGUGUCAAUCCAGAGACUCUGCAGCGUAACCUGUCUCUACCAACUGCUGUGUGUGAGUGUGAGCAUGUGUGUGAGGUACGUGGGAGAGGAGGAAGACUCCUUUCAUGCAGUCCUCUUGUAGUACUGAAGGGAACAAGUCAAAGUACAUUUAAAGUGGCAAUUCAAAAGUGAAAGAUGCUCUCAGGCUAUGUAGCUGCUACAAAAAUAAGGGCAGCACUGUCUCCAUCCUCAAUUCACCCUGUGGUAUGUGGGUAUUUCUGUAGUUCUGUGAGAGGUGUGUGUGUGUGUGUAUGUGUGUGGAUGAAAUUUGUGUGCGCAGUUGAACGUGGCCAUAUAAAUAAAGGGAUGCUGUCUUUUCAACAGUAUGGAAAUGUGCUAUAACUUAUUUGGGUUUGACUUCAAAUCAGGUUGUCACUGUCAUCUCAUCAAAAAAUGAGCUAAUGUUUCUGGAAAGCAAAUGCAGGAAAUUUUAAUUAAGUUUAGAGUUUUCUGUUUCACAAUCUGUUAUUGCAAGGACCUAAAAAUCUUUCUUUUUGAAUACAGGCUAAAGCAUGUAAAUACACUACCUAAAUACAUAAUCAGUCUCUUCUAAUGUCUACAGUCUGAUUUGGAAGUACAUGUAUUAUGUAUAUAUUCUAAGCUUUUAAGAGAUCAACUAAUAAUUAUGUAUGAAAUAAAGCCUUGAUUUAUGUAGUACCUCUGCUUCCAUAUCUGAAGUUUUAAUGUAAUAUUGCAGUGUGAGUCUGCAGCGACGGUAGAAAUUGAAUAUCGUUGAGAGAUGGGAAUGACCAAAAGUUCAAAACACUGACUGCAUUCCAGCCCAUUCCACAUGUAAUUCAUGAGCGGCCUCAGCCAAAUGUAGGAAUUUGAAGGUAAAUUGCAAAGUUAGUU